UUAAAUCUAAUUUAGCCCUUUCCUAUUGGGAUCCUGAGUUUCUGACCCAAUUUCCUACCCUCUCUCCCCCGGCCAAGCCUCCUCCGCCGCCGCCCCCGGGAUUCCACACCUUCUCCAUCCUCUCCAGUAUGUCUUCCCUUCACGUUUCCCCAAACACCAUUUCUCAGACUCUCAAUCUCCGCGGUCGAUUCAGCCCCAACUUAGGCAGGGAAGUCCGACUAAUCAACGUCCGGAGACCGGUCACUGGCUGCCUCAGCGUGGACGUGGAAGCACCCGAUACCACCUCAAAACUAGAGAUUUUGAAGAGCAACGAGGUUAUGGAGAUGGAGGCAAAGGUCCUGCUGCAGACCUACGCGAGGACUCCAGUGGUGCUCACCAGUGGCAAAGGUUGUAAAUUGUACGACACCGAGGGGCGAGAGUAUUUGGACCUGAGCUCGGGGAUCGCGGUGAACGCGCUCGGCCAUGGCGACGAGGACUGGUUGAAGGCUGUGGUUGAUCAGGCCGGAACCCUCACUCACGUCAGCAAUCUCUACUAUUCGAUCCCUCAGGUGGAGCUGGCAAAGCGUCUGGUGGGUGCUAGUUUUGCAGACCGUGUGUUUUUCACGAAUUCCGGAACCGAAGCGAACGAAGCAGCCAUUAAAUUUGCAAGGAAGUUUCAGAGACAUGCUCACUCUGAUGCGAAAGAGCCGGCCACGAGCUUCAUAUCUUUCACAAACAGCUUCCAUGGGAGGACCAUGGGCGCUCUUGCCUUGACUAGCAAAGAGCAUUACAGGUCCCCUUUUGAGCCUGUCAUGCCUGGAGUCACGUUUGUGGAGUAUGGAAAUAUACAGGCUACCAAAGAACUGAUUCAGCCUGGAAAGACUGCCGCUGUUUUCGUUGAGCCGAUUCAGGGUGAAGGGGGAAUUUACAGUGCUUCAAAGGAGUUUCUGCAGUUUCUCCGUACUGCUUGUGAUGAUGCCGGUGCUCUUCUGGUAUUUGACGAGAUUCAAUGUGGAUUAGGUCGAACUGGCCAUCUCUGGGCGCAUGAGGCUUACGGUGUAUUCCCAGAUAUCAUGACACUGGCUAAGCCACUUGCUGGAGGACUUCCCAUCGGAGCUGCAUUGAUGACUGAAAGAGUUGCUUCCGCCAUAGCUUUUGGUGACCACGGAAGUACGUUUGCCGGUGCACCUCUUAUCUGUAGUGCUGCCCUUGCCGUUUUUGAAAAAAUAUCCGAUCACAAUUUUUUGAAUAGUGUCAGUAAGAAAGGUCUCUACUUCAAAAACAUCUUAAAACAGAAGCUGGGAGGGAACCCACAUGUUCGAGAAAUACGUGGUCUCGGGCUUAUUAUCGGAAUUGAAUUGGAUGUCUCUGCCUCACCCAUUCUGGAUGCAUGUCGAAACUCUGGCCUGUUGAUAUUGACUGCUGGAAAAGGCAAUGUUCUGAGGCUCGUACCUCCAUUGAUCAUAACCGAGCAAGAGCUUGAUGUUGCAGCCGACAUUCUGUCUCAAGCUUUGCCAGUACUUGAUGAAACUAACUCAAAAUAGGAGGAUGAAAAUUGCAUUUUGGUAGAUGCUGCUUCUCAAGGUAUUGUGUUGAUAUUAUUGUAAUUUUGUUGCUCUUACGGCGUAGUUUGUUAUUAGUAAUCACUCGAUCUUGAAACUGUCUGCUAGAAAUAAAAAAUGUGGUGAAAUUUCAUCUA